CCCCUUGCUUCCGAUGAAGCCACAACAUCCAAGAUGUCUUCUGCCAUAGAGUCCCUCGUUUCUUACCGCAGCGACUCAGAUUCCGAAAAUGAAUCCGAUUCUAGUUCCAGAAAUGAUAUUAAUGAUCCGGACGCCACCGCACAUCUAAAACCGUUACCAUCCGGGCCGACCAUGACCCUGGCUGUCCUAAACGCAGCCCCGGAGGUGGCUGUGAAGGAGUCUGUAGAGACCGGACAACACCUGGAUCCUGCGUUGAAGGAGGUCACUUUCAACCCUACGUUUGAAACACUGUUUGCACCAGAGUUUGGGCCAAUCAACCCCUUCAAAAGCCAGCAGAUGGCCGCCCCAAGGAAUAUGUUGUCUGGCUAUGCAGAGCCCGCCCACCUCAACGAUUUCAUGUUCGAACAGCAAAGGAGAACGUUUUCCACCUUUGGCUAUGCACUGGACCCCUCUGUGGGCACGGCUGAAGUGACUAACUCCUCCUAUAUCGGGGCAGUGGAUGAGGCGGAGAAGAAUAAAGGGAUAACAGUGUUCGAGGCUGCUGCAAAGACAGGAGAUAAAAGGAAGAAGGUUAAAGGAGGAGAGGCAGGCGAGAUAGAAACCUUCCUCGGGCCAUGGGCAAAAUACGCAGACGAGAAAGAUGGGGCCAAACCAUCAGAGGAGAUGCAGAAGGAGCUGGAUGAGAUCACGGCCAAGCGGCAGAAGAAGGGGCGCAACGAGGAAGAGGCCCCAGCAGAGGAGAAGACUGUUCUCCAUGUCAAGGACAUGUACGACUACCAAGGUCGCUCCUACCUCCACGUCCCCCAGGACGUGGGCAUCAACCUGCGCACGGCAGAUGUGCCGGACAAGUGUUACCUGCCCAAGAAACAGAUCCACGUCUGGACCGGACACACCAAGGGUGUCAGCGCUAUUCGUCUAUUCCCUGCCUCUGGUCAUCUGCUUCUCUCCGCUUCCAUGGACUGUAAAAUCAAGCUAUGGGAGGUGUACAACGAGAGGCGGUGCAUACGGACGUUUAUCGGUCACAGUAAGGCGGUACGAGACAUUUGCUACAACAACGAUGGGACUAAGUUCAUGAGCGCUGCCUACGACCGCUACCUAAAGCUCUGGGACACAGAAACAGGCCAGUGCAUCUCGCGCUUCACCAACAGGAAGGUGCCGUACUGCGUCAAGUUCAACCCGGAUGAGGACAAACAGAAUCUCUUCGUGGCCGGCAUGUCAGAUAAGAAGAUUGUGCAGUGGGACAUCAGGACGGGCGAGGUGGUGCAGGAGUACGACCGCCACCUGGGCGCCGUCAACACCAUCACCUUCGUGGACGAGAACCGACGCUUCGUCAGCACAUCGGACGACAAGAGUCUCCGCGUGUGGGAGUGGGACAUCCCCGUGGACUUCAAGUACAUCGCCGAGCCCAGCAUGCACUCCAUGCCAGCUGUCACACUCUCUCCCAACGAUACGAGAAGAUGAUCGAGGCCUCACGUCACUGCGUUCAUCUUCCCGGGGAACAUUCCCGCAUCCAUCCCAGAGGGGGAUUCCCCUUGGGGAACGUGGUGUGCAUAAUGCAGCCGGUUCCCGUCGGAGCACCCUCAUCCUAAAUGUCAACCCAGCACCCCCUUUGCAUCAAACCGAUUCCCAACAUACAGAUCCUCACUCAUGCGACUUAAAUCAAAGUUUUAUUUUCAAACUUCUGAUAUUCUGAUAAUGACAUUUGCAAAUGUUGGCCUUUUUUUUUCCUUUUUAUAUCUGUCGGCGGUUAUUCAAAUGUCAUUCCCUGUACACACACUUCCCCGGCACCCCCUCCAUAAAAUCUAUUUUCCUACACACCCCCUCUCGGAGCACAUUCCGAAUUUCCCUCGGGUUCCUUUACCAGAAGUGCAGCGAUUUGGCGAAGCUGCCUUUUCUGUCUUCUCCGAGGCACACCGUGUCGCCGCGCGGUGACUUUGAUGCCAGAGUCGUGCCGGCAGACGCGGCACUCGGCAGAGUGGAUUUCCAGUGAGCGAUCACUGAUCAAAACCUCCUCCACCCCAUUUUCCCCAAAUUGCCUCCUUCUUAUCCUGCUAAUGGCCCUGGAGUGAAGUGUAAAUGCCUCCUGGGUGCUGUGGGGUGCUGUGAACUGUCUGGAUUUUGCGCGGUGCACACACACACCCUUAGCCACCUGUCGUUGCCCGGCCAUCUGCGUUCAGCCGUGAUCAUUGCAUAUCCGAUUUUUAAAACUUCACCGCUCAUAGUGAUCGGCCAUUGGCUCCCUUCGAUAAAUUCCUUUUAUAUACGGUUCACUUUAGGGCAAUCGUCCAUUAAAAACGGAUAUACGUCUGAUGUAGUUACUAGACUACAGGCUGCAUGCUUUUUAUUGGCGGGACAGAAGAACACAAGAAAGGGGGAUGAGAGUAUAAUGACAAGGCAUUAGCCUGAUAAUCAUCCUCAACUUGCUUCUUAAUUAAUCCUGAAUUUCGCAACGUUUAAAAGAAACUGUCAGGGAUAGAGGGGAGGGAACCAGGCAAAUGUUGUGCAGGUCAGAGUCCAACCUGGGUUAGGACAAGAUAUAUUGCCUAGCCUACAUUGUGAGCGCGUUAGUGGGUUGAGCCCUUGAAUACCAUGUCUAAAUAUAAUCUAAAUAGACUACGCUGAAACUCAUUUCACAACAAUCAUACCAGCUGUUGUCGUUCAGUUCUAAAACAUUGUUGAUUCAGAUGAGAUGAGGGCAUUCACCCCGCAAGGGAAAGUCGGAUGGUACCGUGGCCAAUAAUGUAAUGAAGGCCAGACAAAACAUGGUGUUAUCGUAAUGUUUAUUUUAUACUGGAUACUGUUAUUGGUAAAAAGCUGUUUCUUUGUCCGACACAUUGAGCCCUUGCACUUAAAUACUGUGGAUACACGAAAAGGACUACAAUUGUAGUUCCUCAUUGGGUUUUAUGCUGUAGUUUGACAUCAUCCGGGAGGAUCCUUAAACCUCCGCCGUCUCUCCCUCUCUCCUC